UACAGCUGAUAGUUCAGUGAGGAGAAUCCUGGGUUAAACGAUCAUGCAUCAGCAAUUUUGUUGUUUCGUCAUGCGGGGGAGGGUACCAAUCGGGAAAUAGUCGUGUCUUGUAGGUAACUUUCCGCGGCCCACGAUAGCAACGUCGUACGAAGCAUAUUGUGCGAUUCCCGACUAACCGUGGGAGAUGGUACUGGUUCAAGUAUGAAUUAGAAAGGUUUAUGCGGAUGGGCAGAUGAGUUUGCCCUGGGGUACUCUCGCAAAAGAGUUCUGGCUUAAGUAGUGAGCCCCUUUCAUCUGGUAUCGGCAGUAGGAACUUUGUGGCAGCAUUUUCACGUAGCUUCCUAGUCGUGAAUCUGCAGCUAGCAAUGCCUUGGGGUAUCUUGGAGGACAAGCACAUGGAACAUGUGCCUGGCACAGUCGUCCUCGCUGACCAGUCCGAUGUGCCACCCGAAUUCCAAGAUGUCCCCCGAGAGAUACUCAAACACGCAUCGGACAGAUACUCCAGUGUCAUUUUGGUUCCACAGCCAAGCGACUCUCCAAAUGAUCCUCUGAAUUGGCCAACAUGGCAGAAAGACGCCAUCCUUGUCAUCGUCGGUCUCUCGGCCGCAGUGGUAGGCGCAUAUGGCCCAAUGCUGUCACCCGGGUUCGUUGAAAUAUCCGCGGCUCUCGGCAUCACUAUCAACACGCUAUCGCAAGCGACAGCAUGGGUCAUCCUCUUGAUCGGCAUCUCGUUGUUCAUCUUCAACCCACUUGCUAAGAAGUACGGGAGACGACCUGUAUAUGUGAUUUGCAGUAUCAUCAUGCUAUCGGGUAGCCUCUGGGGCGGGUUUGCGAAAGACUACAAGAGCUUCCUCGGUAGUCGCAUAUGGAGCGGACUCGGCAUGGCGCCAUACGAAGUACUCGUCCAGUGUACCAUUGCCGAUAUGUACUACGUACAUCAGCGGGCAACGAGAAUCGCAGCUUGGAAUAUGUUUCUGUUAUGUGGUAUUAGUGGCGGUGCUCUCAUCGCGGGGUACAUCAUUCAGGACCAAGGAUGGCAGUGGACUUUCAUCUGGUGUGCCAUCCUCUUCGGUGCACUUCUUCCUUUGGUGUUCUUCUUCGUCCCGGAAACUGCAUAUAAUCGCCCAAAUCCUCUGCAGCGACUUGUAGACACCAGAGCGCGACAUGAAAAGCCCGAUGACGCGGGAAACAAGAACGAAGUGGUGGAAUACAAGGAGAAUGUAACUCGUUCGCCUGAGAAUGGCGAGCAGCUAGCCGAGACGAAAGACCCUUACCUGCGAAGUUUGCGGAUGUACCACGGGGUCUACACCCAAACGUCACUGUGGAAGAUCUUCCUACGGCCCGUGGUAGUCUUUUGGUAUCCAGCGGUGCUGUGGGCGUUUUUAUUGUACGGUGCCACGCUGACAUGGAUUGUCGUCUUCAGCGUCGUCAAUGCAGCCAUCUUCACAGCGCCACCUUACAACUUCUCCGUGUCCGAGACGGGCCUGAUUUCGGUUUCGCCGUUUGUCCUCACAUUCAUUGGAGAGGUGAUUUCGGGCCCUCUGAACGACCGGGUAUGUCUGUGGUUGGCGAAGAAAAACCAUGGCAUUUAUGAGCCGGAGUUCAGGUUGGCGACCAUUCCUGUGCCUCUACUCAUUGGUGUCGUCGGGUUUUAUGGCUUCGGAGCCACGAUACAUUUCCAGACUCAUUGGAUUGGGCCAGUUUUGUGCUUUGGCCUGGCAAACAUGAGCCUUGCCUUUGCCAAUGGAUGCGUCUUUGGAUAUGUGAUUGACGCCCAUAAGGACUUGAGCGAAGAAGCGUUUGUUGCGAUCAACGCCCGAAACUUUUUGACUUUCGGCUUAACCUACUUCGUCAAUGAUUGGCUUGCAAAGGAUGGGGUCCUGGCUGUUUUCAACGUGCUGGGAAGUAUAUUCGUCGCAGUAAAUUUGCUGACAAUUCCGCUAUGGAUAUUUGGAAAGAGAAUCCGAGGCUUCAUUGCUCGAAGUAAUAAAUUGCAAAAGUUCAUGCAUGAAGACUAAAUUGCUGGGAGGGAUGAGAGGCGUCUUGGUGUGACCUCACCCACCAGCGCCUCUGACAACAUGACACAGUUUAUAACAGAGACAAAUGAACAAGAUCCAAUGUCUAUAACUUGCUAGCAACACACACAAGUAUAGCUUGAUGUGCGCCUUUGCUUCAAGCUACCUGCCAUAAGUUAAGGGAGGAAGUAGUUUGAUCAAGCCGGAAUUUCA